AUGGGCGCAAAUCUCGAGGUCUUCAAGUUCGCGACCUACCUCUUUAUCCCGCUGUUCGCGAUGCUUCACUUCGGCGACCCAAACUGGUAUGAGAACCACGUCCAGCCUUUCAAGGACCGCUUCCACCCCCGCGAGGACACUAACAAACCACCACACACCGCGUCCGAGGUGCAGGCCGAGCUCCAGCGGUACAAGGAUGAGCGCCUCGCCAAGGCCGGGAUCAAGCCUGAGUCUGCACCGAACCGCGUGCUCCCCGCUGUUCCGGACGAGCGAAGGCCCCAGUUCAGCUGGGCCCAGGGCGACCAGCGUCUCGUAUAG